AUGUGUUUCGUCGACGUCAAGGAAGAUGAUCUAUACACCCUCCCGCCGCGGAGGCGCCGAAUCCGACACGUGAGGAGAAGCGGCUACUACUCCCCUCCGCGACGACUAUCCCCGCCUCCAAUGCGCCGAAUCGAACGCACGCACUAUGUGCGCAGACCAUCGCCUGCUCCUCCGCCUCUCGAACCACCUCCUCCACCUCCGCCAGCAGCUCCUCCUCCACCUCCGCCUCCGAGUAAACCUCCCACUGAGGCACCUCCGUCAAGGUACGCAUACACGAGAAGAGGAGGAACCGGGAAAGGUGUUUUGGGACAUGCUAUCCAGAGCUGUGAGCAAGGCGUUCUGGAGUGCAAUCCUGGAAACUAGCCCAAUCGAGACCGGUAGUCCCCAUAGCGUCCUAGGGAUCCAUGCUUACACGUCGGAUAGCAAAGCACCGAGUAGCAAGCCCAAGUCCGAGGCGCCGCCUCCACCGAAGAGUGAAAAGCCUGCGAGGUAAGCAAACAGUCGCGAGCAUGUAUCGGCGGUGACACACGCAUUGUGGCUACCAACGUGAACCGUACUCUGACAUGGCCCGUCGCACAUCCUCUUGAAAUGAGUGGAGACAAGAAGCUGACACUACUGAUGCCACAGCAAAGCCCCAAGCAAAGCUCCAACCGAGAAGGCCCCGACAGAAGCACCCCCUCCCAGCAAAGCUCCGAGCAAAUCUGCAAGCAAGCCACCUACGGAGAAGCCACCGUCGAGUAAAGCGCCAAGCAAAGCGCCUACGGAGAAGGCCCCUAGCAAGGCUCCCAGUAAAGCACCUACGGAGAAGCCCCCCAGCAAGGCUCCCAGUAAAGCGCCAAGCAAGGUACACUCCCCCCAUGCGUACAUUCUGAGGUCGAAUCCUCCUGACUUGACUCCCAGGCCCCCACGAAAGCACCCACCGAAGCACCUAGGUACGUAAGGAAAGUGGAUAUGAGCAAAGUCAGCAUCUCGUACCCCUGGGGCGUUGGGGUCUCUCAUACGUUCCCUACACGGAGCAUGAAAUGAGAAAUCUUCCCGUCGUGCCGGUGCGAGAUGUGGGGGAACGUAUCCGAAUCAAUUCGCCACCGGAUCUGCCUCGAUUCUGACAGCACCGAAACAGCAAAGCGCCUUCCAAAGCCGCCACGGAAAAGAGUAAAAGUACACGCAGACCCUCGCAGAUGUCUCCGUCCGCGUACAUAGAGGUUGACGAACUCUCAGAAUCCUCCGGAGGCUCCUCCAGCGGCAGCGGCAGCAAGAAAUCCCCUCCACCCCCUGCAAGCGAGUAUUCCAUGCAUGAACGUGAGCGAGAGAUCUGGUAUAACCGUCCGCGCAAUGCUUCUCUUUCCCGCUCUCCUCCCGCGCCCCCGCCCCCGCCGCCGCCGGGUCCGUAUGAGACGUAUAGGUAUGUGGAAGCCCCAGCUCCGCCGCCUGCGGUUCGGAGUCACAGUUUGAGUGUGACGCGGAGUGGGAUGAGAGGGGGUAAUGAUGGGUUCGGCGGAGGGCCGCCGAAGCUUCGGGAGAGGAUUCUGAUUGAGGAUGAUGGGAGGCAUAUGAGGUUGGAUUACAGACGCCCUUGA